GGGGUUCUGUGUGUGCUGUCGGUCGUGCCGUGUCUCGCGCGCACACAGAGAGCAGCGGCAGCGGCGGCUAAUUAUCCAAAGUCCGCGCUUCAUUUGCAUAUCCCGCGCGGCCCGUCUGGAAAGCAGCCAAUCCCAGCGCGCGCGCGCAGGCCGGCUUUACUCCUGAUGCGCGAGCCUGUAUCAUCAUCAGACCUCCGCCAUGCGCAAACCGCGCAGCGCUGACACCAUCUAACAUCCCACAGCCCCGAGCACCCGCCGAGCCGCCGCCGUGCGUCUGUCCCCACGCGCCGCGUCCGCCACCGAUGCGCGGGCGCACGAACCGAACAGGAUGUCCCGGCGCAAGCAGGCCAAGCCUCAGCACGUUACCGCGGGAGAGGAGAAGGAGCAGCGCGGGAGAGGCGCGGAGAGCGUGCUCUUGAGUAAAGGUGCCAGUGAAGAGAGUGGCAGUGAGAGCCGCAGCGGGAAUGAGGAGACUCUUGUCUGUAAGACAUGUUGUGCUGAAUUUUUCAACUGGUCAGAGUUGCUGGAGCACCAGAAUAAGUGCACUGAGGAGCCUUCUGUGCUCAUUGUACAGGAGGAUGAAAGAUUUCCUUCCCCUCAGGGAUCUCCUACGGAAUCCUUCUUAAGUGCUCAUAGUGACCCAGCUGAAACUGAGAACAUGGAACCUGAGUCUGAAUCGUCUGAGAAAGGAGAAGAAAAUGUCAGUCUUCCUGAAGAAAAUUAUGCAGCCGGAGCAGAUGACCCUAUGGAUACUACCGCACCUGUGGAUAAAAUAUCAAACCCCAGCCCUCUUCCACCAGACUCCAGUGAAAGCACCAUUCCUCUACCUUUAUCAUGUCUAAGCACAAACUAUGGCAUUCCCAGUACGAAUGUAACCUUGGAGAUCCUCCAUAGUACCAGGGUGGCAGUUGCACAGUUUUCCCAAAGUAUCCAAGGUGAUGGAUCUGGAGGUAAGGCGAGCUCCGUGGCAAUACCUAUGAUUUUGGAACAGCUAAUGGCUUUACAGCAGCAGCAGGUCCACCAGCUGCAACUCAUUGAACAGAUCCGCAAUCAGGUCGCCGUGAUGAACAGGCAACCAACACAAGCUGCCCUAAACCCAGCCUCAAAGGCAUUUCCCUCUGUCUCUUGCACUUACCAUUUCCAGGGCAUGGCCCCUCCUCCUGUACUUCCAUUAUCUGGAGUCAUUCCUUCCACAGUGAAUGGGCAGGCUUCUGUGUCCCAGGCAGCCAGGCAGGAAGGCCCGUCAUUUCGGGUAUCACAGCAACAUAAUGAACAAUCCAAUCCCAGAGAAAAUGAUAGUACCCCCAUUUCCCUAGCAAACCCAAAUGCUCCUCUAUCUACAUAUACUGGGGUGUCUGCUUUAUUGCCAUCCUGCAAUGGUGCUCUCUCUAAUGCUAGUAAUACCCAACCUAUGAGCUCUCCUCAUCCCCAUUCAAUAAGCCAGAGCAAUGUUAUCAACACUUCUGCCAACUUACCACUGCUACCUCAAAGCCCUCCUAGCGGAGUCAUCUUCCCAAACCCACUUGCCAGCAUUGCAGCCACUACCAAUGCACUAGAACCACUUGCUUCUAUGAUAAAGCAUCGCAAAGGUAAAAUGCCUAAUGCCUCCAUAUUUGAAACCAAGCCCAGCUCUGAGGACCCCUUUUUCAAACACAAAUGCAGGUUCUGUGCCAAGGUAUUUGGCAGUGACAGUGCCUUGCAGAUCCACCUGCGAUCUCACACAGGUGAGAGGCCCUUCAAAUGUAACAUAUGUGGCAACCGUUUCUCCACUAAGGGAAACCUGAAAGUUCACUUCCAAAGGCACAAAGACAAAUACCCACAUGUACAGAUGAAUCCAUACCCAGUGCCAGAAUAUCUUGAUAAUAUUCCAACAAGCUCUGGUAUUCCCUAUGGGAUGUCUUUUCCUCCAGAGAAAGCAGGGUCAACAUGGUUGGAGAGCAAACCUAUUCUACAGGCAUUACCUCCUAGAUUGGGUCUGCAGUUACCCCCAACAGUAACAAGUGUGGAAAACAUCAGUGAUUCCUUUAGUAAUGCACCCACAGGAAGAUCUCCACAAAGGUCCUCACUAGCUAGAAAUGAAAGUACACCAUUGUCUCCAAAUGUCACUAGUACUGAAAAAGAUAUUCCUAUACAGUCUGACAGCCAAUUACAUACGCCUAAGGUGGCUGGGUGCCUCCAGUUAAGCAAGGAAGGAGGGACCACAACAGUUUCAAAAACUGAUGAAAUUUACCUUCCCACAAACUGUGUGACUGAUCCAGCUGAAAAUAUCAUCUCUGCAAGUCACAACAUUCUUUCAAAAUUUCCAUCAGCAGAAAUACCAGUUAGAGCAAAUACACCAGAGUCCACUGAUGUGAUUACCCCAGUGAUGAAAUCUUCUACUCCUUCUCAAAUCUCAGAGCACAUUAAAGCCAGAUUUCCACUCAGUGGAGUCCAAGAAUCUAUGCAGACAUCUGAAACAUCAAAGCUCCAGCAACUUGUGGAGAACAUUGACAAAAAGAUGAUGGACCCCAAUCAGUGCGUGAUCUGCCACCGAGUGCUCAGCUGUCAGAGUGCACUUAAGAUGCAUUAUCGAAUUCACACUGGUGAGAGGCCCUUUAAAUGUAAGGUGUGUGGCCGUGCCUUCACUACAAAAGGCAACCUGAAGACUCACUUUGGCGUCCACCGUGCCAAGCCUCCUCUUCAGGUUCAGCACUCCUGUCCAAUAUGUCAGAAGAAAUUCACUAAUGCUGUUGUGUUACAGCAGCACAUUCGCAUGCACAUGGGUGGCCAGAUUCCCAAUAACCUCCAAACUCUCCCAACAGAUGCUAUCCAGGAAAAAAACAAUGACUUGAUUCUUGAAGAGAAGAGUUUUGACAGUGUGAAUGAUUAUGAUGAUGAUGGACUUGAUGAUAUUUCAUAUGAAGAGGAAGAUAUUUCAGAAAAUGGUGAAAACCCCCUUAACACUUUAUCGGACAGUAGUUCAUCACCGAUUUCACCAUUACCUCAUGAUGUGUCUGAUGUUAGAACAUCAGAUGGUGACUCAACAGUUAGUCUUAACCAAUUAACUGAACACAAGAUGAUAAUGAGUGACAUUUUUGACAACCAUCCAGAUAAUGGCUCUCCGUCCACAGGAGAAUUAGAGAAUCAGAGUAUUUUCUUGCCAGAGUCAGCCAACAUCAUUCAUCCACCAACACUGAAACCAACAAAAUGUCAGCCUGAGGGUCUACAUGACAUUCCAGUUUCGCUUAAUAUUACCUUUGAUAAGCAAGAACGAGCAACUACAGUUAAAUGUGAAAUGUCUGAUUCCCCAGCCCCAAAUGCAAUAAAUGGAGCAGUGUACGAUCAGAUCAGGAAGUCUUUGGUCAUGGAGCAUGGAGCAAGCCAGAGGUCCCAUGAUAUGGAUAAUAGCGUACGGGCCCCAGUUAAGAUGGAGAUGGAAAGUUGCAAUAGGCCAUACACUCCUAAAGAAGGCCCUUUUCCUGUAUUUGGAUCUAUUCAGUCUUCACCUACGCCCUCUGAAGCAAUAAUCCCAGGCAUGACUUCAUUGUUUGGAAGCCCACCACCACGACGAACCCCUAAACAACACAACUGUAAUGUAUGCGGGAAAAACUUCUCUUCAGCAAGCGCCCUACAAAUCCAUGAGCGCACACAUACUGGUGAAAAACCUUUUGCUUGCUCCAUCUGUGGCCGAGCCUUCACAACAAAGGGUAAUCUCAAGGUACACAUGGGCACUCACAUGUGGAAUAACAUACCUGCACGGAGAGGUAGGCGCUUGUCUGUGGAAAACCCACUGGCUCUUCUAGGUGCUGAGGCUCUCAAAUUCAAUGAAGUAUUCCAGAAGGACCUUGCAGCAAGGGCCAUGAACAUGGAUCAGAGCUUUUGGAGUCGAUAUGCUGUAGCUAUUAGCAAUGGCUUAGCCAUGAAGAACAAUGAAAUUUCUGUCAUUCAGAAUGGAGGGGUACCUCAACUUCCUACUGUAGCCAUGGACAAGACGAGCAGUGCCAACAGCUCGUCAAUCCGAGCCCUUGGGAAAACAAGUGUAGACCUUGCACCUGGACGACACUUCUCCAUGUUGAUUGAUGACAAUAAAGAGAUUAGAAUUAAUUAAACUCAUGAGAGGUUGGAAAUAAUCCCGUAUGCAAAAAGACACAUGGAGAAUAAAACAGACGCUGCAGUAUGUACCUGAUGACUUUCAACUGUAUAUAAAUUUACAAUGUUGUCUUUUUCUAUUGACUGGUUUAGUUGUUUUUCUUUCUGAUAUGUUUAAAGCCAGACAAAACAAAAAAGCCAGACAUAACAAAUAACUCCAUAAAAGUCAGACAAAACAAAUAACCAUAACGCAGUGGUAGUAUGGUACUGCAUGUGGACAAUCAGUCACCAGCAGUAAUACAAACUGCAACUUACCUGCAAAUUACAUUUGAUUUGAAUUUUGUAUCAACCACAAUUUAGCUAAGGGAAUACAAAAUCAAAUUAUUUUUAUUGUAUGAUCUUGAACUAGUUACCACUGAAAGUAAUGUUAUGUUCAGUAUGUCAUUCUCCUCCAUGUUAAAGGUACUCUUUGGUUUUUUUUUAUCAGGAUAAAGCAAUGGCUUUGUUGUGAAGCUGAAAAUGUUUUGAUAAAGAUAUCAGUUUGCUGUUAUAAAAUAGCCCACUAGUGUCAUUGCCAUGAAGUAGAAUAUUCUUAAAGAUAUAUUCUCUAGUUGCAAUUUUGACAAAUAAUCAAAAAUAAAAAGACUUAACUGUAUACAUAUAGAUUAAUCUUUUGUAUUUAUUAUAAGGAAUUUGUAUUGCCAUUUCUCUAUGAUUUUUUUUUCACAGAGAAUAAAAUGCAAUGGGUUUAAAUUA